AUGCGGUGGCGGCUGUUGGGCGCCCGGUCGACCCUCCCCGCCAGCGUCGCCCUCCUCCUUCUCCCGGUCCUGGUCGCUCCGCAGCAGCACCCAGAACCCCAUGGCUCCGCUCCUCGUGUGUCUGUGCCGCUCCCCGCAGCCGGACAAGACUCAUCGACCCUUGAUACGGCCUCUGUAGCCGCUCCCCCCAUCGUGAAAUCCAACGAUGCGAGCGCCCUGGCAACUCUGGCUCUGGCGGGCUCCGGCCGCGCCGUUCGAGCCCCUCCUGUCCAGGCCAGCAGCAUGACUGCCGGUCUGGCCUCGCCGCUUCAUGCGCGGUCCUUGCAGGACUGGGAGGUUGAGGAUUUUGUGCUGUUGGCGACCGUCGACGGAACCAUUCACGCCCGAGACCGCAAGACCGGUUCCGCCCGCUGGGCCCUUGAGGUCCCCAGCAGCCCCGUCGUCGAAAGUAUCUACCAUCGUGCCAAUCGUUCGAGCUUCGACGACACCCAGCCCGAAGACGACUUCUUAUGGAUUGUUGAACCCAGCCAGGAUGGCAGCAUCUAUAUCUACAGCCCCGGCCCCGAGGCCGGUUUGCAGAAGCUUGGCCUGACCGUCAAGCAGCUGGUGGACGAAACUCCCUAUUCUGGCAUUGAUCCUGCUGUGACAUACACUGCUCGGAAAGAGACCACCUUGUAUACCAUUGACGCCCGCACCGGCAGCAUUCUGCGAGUGUUUAGCUCUCGCGGACCAAUUACGACUGGCCAAGAGUGCCGCAAAGUUGAUGGGCAGGGCUUGGAUGCGGAAGACUGCGAGUCGACCUCGGGUACUCUGGUUCUGGGCCGUGUCGAGUAUGCCGUGGCCAUCCAGAACACCGAGACUGGUGACCCCAUCUGUACACUGAAAUACUCUGAGUGGGCGCCGAACAACCGUGACAUGGACCUCCAGAGCCAAUAUCACCGAACCAUGGAUCAGAGUCACAUCUACAGCAUGCACGACGGAGUCGUAUUGGGAUUUGAUCAUUCCCACAUGGACCGGCCCCGUUACACACAACGUUUCUCAUCACCCGUGGCUCGAGUCUUUGAUGUGGCCCGUCCUGUCAACAAAGAUUCACCGGAUGUUUCGACACCGCUGGUGCUCUUGUCGCAGCCGCUCCAGCCACCGGAUCCGGAUUACGGUUCUUUGGAUGAUCGUGACAUGCGUGUGUUCCUUGAUUGCACUGAUGCAGGUGGCUGGUAUGCCCUGUCGGAGGAAACCUACCCCUUGGUCACAGGACGUGCUCCUAUGGCCCAGUGCUAUGACAAGGAUUUCUUUCGCCGGGGUCAGUCGCUCAUGAGCCUGUCGCCAGGCCAGCAGCGCGAUGCCUUGGCUGGUGUUCAUUCCCUGAAUGGCCCGAGGGUCCUUCGCUCGCCUAUCCCAAGGAUCGCCGCGUCAGCAGCUUCUGAGACGUCCAACGACACACCCCAAGAUGUCCUCCGCAGCUCGUCGGAGUUGGCCCUGCCCCCUGCCCUUCGGCACAGUACCAUCAUUCGCAAGAGCUGGGAUAAUGCGUUGGAUAUUAUCGUGACGCUAAUCCUGUUGUUUAUCGGCGCUUUCAUCUACUUCAACUCUCAUCAUAUCCGAGACCUCGCCAAGCAAAAGCUCGACAUUAAGAACAUCAUAAACUCUAAUGACAAGCCCCCUCUUUCGACACCCUCAACCCCACUCGUGGGAACCUCCCCAGAUCUCAAGCGGAGUUCUACCCCGACCCGGCGAGUUCCUAAUGUGACCGUCGACCUGGAUCUGGGAGAUCCCCAAACGGACGGCGAAGCUACGCCACGGCCUUCUCGAGAGAACAGUGUGCCGCCGCCAGGCACCUCUUCACGGGUACAGAUUCGCGAACCCUCUUGUGGACCCGACGACGAGGAGGGCGAGGAGCAGGAAAGGCCUAAGAAAAAGGCCCGGGCGCGUGGGUCGCGAGGUGGAAAGUCGCACCGCCGCCGCAAGAAGCCUGGCACCGAGGUCGACACAGCAGAGCAAGCUGAUCGUGCCGUGGAUCAAGUGAAUCAGUUGAAUCCACAGCCCCGACUGGAGCCUGAUGUGCAGCUGACCCGCACCGUGUCCAACGAGAUUACUGAAAUGGAUGGCGUCCUUCAAAUCGGUCGACUCCAAGUCUUCACGGAUGUUGUGCUGGGUCACGGUAGUCACGGAACCGUUGUCUACCGUGGCUCGUUUGAUGGGCGGAAUGUGGCUGUUAAGCGCAUGCUGAUGGAGUUUUACGAUAUCGCAUCCCAUGAGGUGGGACUGUUACAGGAGAGCGACGAUCACCACAACGUGAUCCGGUACUUCUGCCGAGAACAGGCCACUGGAUUCUUAUACAUUGGGCUCGAGCUAUGUCCUGCCUCUUUGCAGGAUGUGAUUGAGCGACCGUCCGGGUAUCCUGAAUUAGUACAGGGUGGUCUGGACAUGCCAGACGUCCUGCGACAGAUUACCCAGGGAGUGCGGUACUUGCAUUCUCUAAAGAUUGUGCAUCGUGACCUGAAGCCUCAGAAUAUCCUCGUGGCUAUGCCCCGAGGCCGCAACUCCUCACGAUCUCUAAGGCUUCUGAUCUCUGAUUUUGGCCUAUGCAAAAAACUCGAGGACAACCAGAGCUCUUUCCGUGCCACCACCGCGCAUGCUGCCGGCACGUCUGGCUGGCGUGCUCCGGAGCUGUUGCACACCGAGUCGUCUGAGCCCGCUGUGGUCGACCCGCAGACUAACCGUCGCGCCACGCGAGCCAUCGACAUUUUCUCGCUGGGCUGCGUGUUUUACUAUGUCUUGACCCGUGGCAGCCACCCGUUCGAUAAGAAUGGCAAGUUCAUGCGUGAGGCCAACAUUGUCAAAGGACAGUUCGACCUGGAGGAACUGAAUCGUUUGGGCGACUAUGCCUUUGAAGCCGACGAUCUUAUCCGCUCGAUGGUUUCCCUUGAUCCACGCAAGCGUCCCGAUGCAAGCGCUGUCCUGAUGCAUCCCUUCUUCUGGCCACCGUCAGACCGACUCAGCUUCCUUUGCGAUGUGUCAGACCAUUUCGAGUUUGAACCGCGCGAACCACCUUCCGAUGCUCUCCUGUGUCUCGAAUCCGUGGCUGAGGAUGUGAUGGGCCCCGAGAUGGAUUUCCUGCGGCUGUUGCCUCGGGACUUUAAGGACAAUCUGGGCAAGCAACGCAAAUACACCGGGUCGCGUAUGUUGGAUCUCCUGCGUGCUCUGCGCAACAAGCGCAACCACUACAACGACAUGCCGGAGUAUCUCAAGGCACACAUUGGGGGAUUGCCUGAAGGGUACCUGAUCUUCUGGACGGUGCGCUUUCCCAGCUUGUUGAUGAGCUGCCAUUGGGUCAUCGUCGAGCUGGGAUUGACACAGAUCGACCGUUUCCACCGAUACUUUACUCCCCCCGAGUAA